AUGGUCAAAUUCUCUCUGCUUUUGCUGGCCUCUCUGCUGCCACACACAACCUUCUCUUUCUCUGUGAAUGUCUGUAUAGUGAUUAGCAUGGAAGCAAAACCCCACUCCAGACCUUACAUGGUGUCUGUUCAAUCGAAGGAGCAGCAUAUCUGCAGUGGAUUCCUCAUCUCUGAUAGAUUUGUCAUGACUGCUGCACACUGCCGAAACAAAAAAACAGCUCUGACAGUUGUGCUAGGCGCACAUGACCUACAAAAUAAGAAUGAGAAUUCAGUCCGAAUCAAAGUGGAGUCAUACCACCCCCAUCCGCAAUAUACCUUUAUUCGCGAAUCCUUUGAUAAUGACAUCCUGCUUUUAAGGUUGGAAAAAAAUGCACAACUGAACAACAAUAUCAAGCCGAUAUCCAUACCAGCGGAAGAAGCCGAUAUCAAAGCAGAUUCUGUUUGCAGUAUCGCAGGCUGGGGACGUUUAGAAACUAAUGGCAACCAAAGCAAUCACUUCAUGGAGACAAAUGUGAAGGUCAUGAAUAACAAUACAUGUGAAAGCAAAUGGGGGGAGGGAGACUUUUCAGCUUCACUGAUGAUGAGUGCAUAUGGAUAUCGAGGAAGCUGUCAUGGGGAUUCAGGAGGCCCUUUGGUUUGUGGAGACACUGCAGUUGGUGUUGCUUCCUUUGGUGACCCUGAAAUCUGUAAUUCAUCAGCCCUACCUCAAGUUUAUACUAAGAUUUCAGCAUAUCUUCCAUGGAUAAAGAGCAUAACUGCAGCUCUUGUGAAUGUGAAUAUAGUGAAUGACAAGGAAGCAAAACCCCACUCCAGACCUUACAUGGUGUCUGUUCAAUCGAAGGAGCAGCAUAUCUGCAGUGGAUUCCUCAUCUCUGAUAGAUUUGUCAUGACUGCUGCACAUUGCAGAAACAAUUCUCCAGUUCUGACAGUUGUGCUAGGCGCACAUAACCUACGAAAUAAGAAGGAGAAUUCAGUCCGAAUCAAAGUGGAUUCAUACUAUCAGCAUCCAAAAUACACAAAUGAAUCCUUUCAUAAUGACAUCCUGCUUUUGAAGUUGGAAAAAAAUGCACAACUGAACAACAAUAUCAAGUCGAUAUCCAUACCAACGAAAGAAGGUGAUAUCGAAGCAGAUUCUGUUUGCAGUAUCGCAGGCUGGGGACUUUUAGAAACUAAAGGCAAGCAAAGCAAUCACCUCAUGGAGACAAAUGUGACGGUCAUGAAUAACAAGGAGUGUGAAAGCAAAUGGGGGGAGGAAGAGUUUUCAGCUUCACUGAUGAUGUGUGUAUAUGGAGAAGGAGGAAGCUGUACUGGGGAUUCAGGAGGCCCUUUGGUUUGUGGAGACACUGCAGUUGGUGUCACUUCCUUUGGUGACCCUAAGAUCUGUAAUUCACCAGAGCUACCUGAAGUUUAUACUAAGAUUUCAGCAUAUCUUCCAUGGAUAAAAAGCAUAACUGGAAAUGGCAGCUCUGCCAUUCUUGCAGAUGAAAUGAAGUUUUGAGUUGAGUUUUUCCUCCAAAAUCUUGUUUCAAUAAACAUAU